AGGGAGGGGAGGUAUGAGUAAAGGGAUAAGCUGGCAACAGGUUGGCUAGGUCGCGAACGCUUCAACCGCAAUUGUUUCCCCGUCUCAAAGCUCAGGUCCCCACCCCCUCGUUCUCUCUCUUUCGAUUCAUUUUCCCCACUCUCUCUUCUCUCUCUCUGCAAUUAGGGCUACACUCUGAAUUUCAAUUUCAAAAUUUCAAGAAACUUGAAUCUUCCGGUGUUGGGUUUUUCUUUGCCAGAGAUGGAGUCUUGGUGAACUCCCUUCUGGAGCAGGAAGAACAGCAAGACUGAGACUCGAGGAGAGAGGCCCGGGCAUUGUUGGAGUUUGUACGUUACUGGUGCAGAUCCGGUGCUUCUCUGUCGGAAAUGAGUGCGUCUAGAUUCAUUAAGUGCGUCACCGUCGGUGACGGCGCUGUCGGUAAAACCUGUAUGCUGAUAUCCUACACGAGCAAUACAUUCCCUACGGACUAUGUGCCGACUGUUUUUGACAAUUUCAGUGCUAAUGUUGUCGUGGAUGGAAGCACUGUUAACCUAGGGUUAUGGGAUACUGCUGGUCAGGAGGAUUACAAUAGAUUAAGGCCCUUGAGCUAUCGAGGCGCAGAUGUCUUUAUACUUGCUUUCUCUCUCAUAAGCAAGGCUAGCUAUGAAAAUGUUGCUAAGAAGUGGAUUCCUGAAUUAAGGCAUUACGCACCUGGUGUUCCAAUAAUUCUUGUUGGAACAAAGCUUGAUCUUCGAGAUGAUAAGCAGUUCUUUAUAGACCAUCCCGGUGCAGUGCCCAUUGCUACGCCUCAGGGAGAAGAGCUUAGGAAACUGAUUGGAGCUCCUGCCUACAUCGAGUGUAGUUCAAAAACACAGCAGAAUGUCAAGGCAGUUUUUGAUGCAGCCAUUAAGGUCGUGCUCCAGCCUCCGAAGCAAAAGAAGAAGAAGAGAAAGGCACAAAAGGCUUGCUCCAUACUGUGAUCUAGGAGGGAUUCUAUUAUAGGAGACAAUGACCCGUCAGCCUCUCGCUGCAGUGUAUCUGUCUGUCUGUUUAUGUCCUUUUCAAUUCCACGUCCUCCUUUUCUAUUCCACGUGCGCUGUAAGGAAGCAGCAAGCUGGUUGUGUAUAGUCUUGACCAACAUGCUAGGGAUCUAUGAGAUUAUUAGUUUCUGGCUUUACCUGUUUACACACGAUUUGUAACUCUGAUUAGUACUAGCAUUCCAUGUUGACAAGUGGAAGUGGUGGUGUUUAAAAUUUUUCUCCCGCAUUUACCAGAUGCGAGGAAGAUCCCUAAUAUGUAUGGUACUGCAAAGUUUGGAUUGCUUUAUGUGGUUUCAUUUUGUUGACA